AUGGACAAGAAAGGACUUAUGAGAGCAACAUCCCACAGUAACCCUCGAUAUUGGGACUCUAUCUGUCAAUAUCGACGGAGCCAUGAUCAACCAACCAGAUUUAGCGUCCGAGGUGAUCAGAUGUUUGCAGGAACCCGUGCGCUUCGAACUAUAUCCACCAUUGCCGGAACGGACUACUACUUGACUGAAGUUCGAAACGUUUUUAAGACUCGGCAAGAUGUUACAGCUCUUUGGGGAUGCAGACCAGAGGAAAUCAAGAUGCUUGGUCUCGAUCUUGGCCAAGCAUGCGUAGUCGGAGCAAGCGCGUUGUUGCCUGAGGAAUCCAAGGAGGCGGAACUCGAGAAGGCCCAGCGAGAUCAGGAUGGGCGGUAUCGCAGCGAAAGAACUCUAAACCGACCCCCAGUCCCGCCACUUAUUAUAAUCUGA